CGGGCGGGGCCGCGGCCAUUGCGGCCCGGGCGGCUGAGGGGACGCGCCGCCUUCGCCGCCGCGAUGGUGUCCUGGAUGAUCUCCCGGGCGGUCGUGCUGGUGUUUGGGAUGCUGUAUCCUGCAUAUUACUCAUACAAAGCUGUGAAGACAAAAAAUGUGAAAGAAUAUGUUCGCUGGAUGAUGUAUUGGAUUGUGUUUGCUCUGUACACGGUCACUGAAACAAUAACUGACCUAACAGUCUCCUGGUUUCCACUGUACUAUGAACUGAAGAUAGCUUUUGUUAUCUGGCUCCUUUCCCCAUAUACCAGAGGGGCAAGUUUAAUCUACAGAAAAUUUCUCCACCCGCUGCUUUCUUCUAAAGAAAGAGAGAUUGACGAGUACAUCGUGCAGGCCAAAGAAAGAGGCUAUGAGACCAUGGUGAAUUUUGGAAGGCAAGGGUUGAACUUGGCAGCAACUGCUGCAGUGACAGCAGCUGUAAAGAGCCAGGGUGCAAUAACUGAGAAGCUGAGGAGUUUCAGUAUGCACGAUCUGACCACUAUACAAGGAGAUGAGCCUGUGGGACAGCCCUAUCAGACCUUACCAGAAGCAAAAAAGAAAACCAGAGCCUCUACAAGUGAAUCUUCAGGUUACAAAACACCACUGGAAAAAAAUGCUGGAGAUGAUAAAACAGAUGAAGAGAUGGAGGGGACACAUUCAGAGGAUGAAAUGUUUGCUCAGAGAGGCCUUCGAAGAACUCAGAGCAUGAAGUCUGUGAAAAGUAAAGGCCGUAAAGAGAUACGAUACGGAUCCCUGAAAUACAGAGUGAAGAAGAGACCUGUUGUCUACUUCUGAGUGCGUUGCACAAUGUCUGCAAGACAAACUGCUGUACUCUGAUAACUUGAAUUCAGUGUGUCAAGUGUUACAGACCCCGUGUAUGAUUCAUAUAUGAGUAUGUAUGGAUAGAUACAGUAGGACUUGGUUUUGUGAGCCCAAGUGAUGAGAUAAAGUAUUACUCUGCUCUUCUGUAAUUGCUUAUUGUUUAGAUUUAAGUCUGGACAAGUUAUGGUAUGAAUUUCAGCACUCCUCAAAGUGGGGGUUAAAUGAGUAACAGGAAACAACAGCCUUGUGCCAGAGGUACUGAACUGACAGAAAUAACUACAACUCCAGUUGAAUUAGAGCAAGUUGUAAGUAUUUGGAGCUUGUGAAAAUGGAACCCAUAGUGUCCCCAAGUUUACAUGGAAAAAUAGAUAUACUUGAAAUACUCUUCUGAGCUACAAUUCCUGAGAAGGCCCUUGUGUAAUUUUUAAAUGUACAGUCUUGAGGACAGUGGAUGAUGGUGGGAAAGGAAAAGGAAAGGCGAGGUUCGAUAGGACACGUCCUAAACAUCAUCAUCUUGCAUCAUGUUGCCAAGCUUAACAAAUUUAUAUCAUUCUAACAGGUGCAAACUGGGGGUACAUAUAGCACUUUAUGCAAAACUGUGUAGUUUUGCACACUCUUAAUAAUUGACAACUGCACAUGUAAUUUUAGUGACUUGAUAGGUUGAAUGCCAGCAAUUCUUGUAUUUCUAAAAUUUAUUGCUUAAGUACAGUUAGGAGGCUGUAGAUAAUUGCUACUAACAAUAUAAUCAGGUGCCUUUCUGUGUAUUAUAAGGCUGCGGGGCUUUUGUCUGUGUGGGGUUUUUUUGGUUUUUUUUUUUUUUUUUUUUUUUUUUUUUAAAGUCAGUUUUUGUUUAAAAUUGUGGUAAGUGAAACUUGUAGCAAUUCCACUGCUGGACCUCAGGGAUCUGCUCAGCCCAUCAGCUGUGUGUUAGAAGUCACGCCAACACGAAGGCAUGUGUGAUAGAUGAGUCAGGCCCUGGUUUGGUUUUGCUCUACAUUGCUUUAAGAAUGAAUAUAUAUAUAUUUUAGAACAUUUGUGUGUAUAUUUCAUAUCAUGUGUGAAUCCUAAAAUGGUCUGUGUAGUACCUUUUUUGCUAAAGUUAUUACUAAAUAAUUUGCAUAUAAGUAUCUUUUUCUAAAAAUGUAGUUGAUUUAGUCAGCCAUUCUAUAACCUGGAGUCCCAUGGCAUAUCUGCACAGAGAUGAAUUUUGGAAUGUCCUUCAAGGCAGGGACUUGUGACAAUGACUUUUUUAGGUCCUCUUUGGUUCUAUUUUCUGCGAUUCUGAGAAUUAGGUUGAUUUCAGUUUUCCGUGUGACUGUAUUUCUACUGUGGAUUCAGGGAGAAAUCACCCACUUUUUGCAGAUAGUAUUUCAUUACAUAUCAUGGGGAGAGAUGGUGUUGCUUUCCUUGAAGAGAAAAUGGCAUGUGACUUGUUUUACCCUUGGAUCUCUGACUCCAGUCCUUCCCCCAGGUAUUGACAGUCAUCUGCAAGUCUAUUGCAGCGCACUUAACCAUGUUCCCAAGGCUUGAACCACUGCAGUUCUUUGUUGCAGCAGCAGUAGUUCCCUGCUGGUGGGCACUUACUGCCCUAUUGGUACACACUGGCACUCGGAGUAGCCUGCUGCAUCCUGCAGGCUGGGGCUGGGAUUGUGUGGACAGUGCAGCUGUUCUGCAUGGCACUGCAGCACUCCCUGGCUGUGAGCGGUGUCUGUAAACCCAGUGCAAAGCUGUGCUCAAGCACCACGGGGAUGGCACAGUGCUCUAACUUAUCCAAGCUGUGAUACACUCGAGGAAGUUCAGUGAUGUAGUGAGAAGUCCCAGCAGUCCAUGUGUGAUUACAAGUCUAAAGCUUGGAUUGCUCUACUCAGACACAGUUCCAUAUCAGAAGGCAGGAAGGCCUUUCUCUCCCAAGUGAGUACAGUGCAGAUCUCCUGUCCUCUAGCCAAGACUGUACCUUGUGAUCCAGCUUUUACAAGGAGCUGCUGUCUGUGGGGAGGGAGUGAUCACAAAGGCAUCCUCCUCAGGGUGUGGGAGUCCCUUCUGCCCCAGGAAUGUUUGCGCUUCUCAUCUGUUUCCCUGAGUGCAGGGAGAGGCUGGCUGUGUGUUAAGGUGUGUCAGACCUUAGAGGAAGCUGAAGCUUUUGUAUUUGCAUCUCACCCCUCUCUGAACAUUCAACUAACCUGGGAUGGAAUCUCUGACUUAGUGUCCAGCUGAGCAUCUUCCUUGAGCACUUGCUGCCACAUUUUGCUGUAACUCAUCAUGCUUGCUUUUAUCAGCAAGCAGGGCAAUAAAAUGAUCAUUUUUCUACAAAUAUGAAUCCUGCAUGAAGGAGCAGGGUAAGUCCUUCUUUCAGAAAUACAGUUCAUGUUACAGGGUCACAUAGAUCCUCUUUUGGGGCUUGUGUUUUUAACACACUUCCAGAGCUGAAGAUCAGUUGAGUAUUUUGGGCUCUAUCACACUCGUGUCAGGAAGUUACUCUUCGUGUCUCUGUGUACCUGAGGCUGUAACUUGGAGGAGACUUAACUUGCUAAUGCAGUUGGCUAAGUAAACUCUUCCUGAACCUUGCAUGGAAGUAGGAAAACUGGCAGAAUUAUUCAUAUUCAUUACUGUUUCCAUUUAAAUAUACUUUGGUUCUCUCAGAUACUGUCUUGAGUGACCCCAACUCCCAGGGUUUUCCUAACUGUCUUGUUCAGUCCAAUAUCCAGCUGUAAAAUUCUUUUCUUGACAGCCUGAUUUUGCUCUUUGAAUUCAUCCUGAAACUGGUUCACUGUAUUAUCUUGAUUUUUUUUCUUCUGGCUGUUCGUUGUCAGCUGAUGCUUGGCAGAGCCCAAUGGCAUGGGUAGCUUUCCUCCCAAUUUGCUUUUUGAAUUUAGUUGGGUUUCAAAAUACUACACAAUUGUUUAAACUUUGUGUACAGAGAAUUUUCAAAGUUUUCUUGCCUUAGCAACUGCAGAAGUGAUCUGCCUAGCUCUAACCAGUAAACUUGGAAAAAAUGUUAAAGUUGAUGUUUACCUUAACAUUCUGUUUGGUCUUGGACUGUAAAAUGUUGUUCCUGUCAAAUUGGAUAAUCUUCUGCUCAGAGUAUUUCCUGAGAACUGAUGGACAGCCACCAACAGGACUGCUAAUGUAGUUAAACAAAAAGUUACACAGAGGUUAAAGGUGCUUUAAAAGAGAAUAUGUAUUUCUGUUUAAAUCACAUCAAGGUUUCAAGCCUUUCCAAAAUAUAUGUGAACUGACUCAGAGUUCUGAGCAAGAGCUGUACAUGUUGAAAUACCCAUGUUUGAGAUGAGGAUUAAAUUGAUGGCCUCAGCUGCAAAUAAGCUUAGGCCAGACUCUGAUUACAAUGUAAUUGCCAAUAUUGUGAAUGUCUUUGGUAUAUGAAAGUAACUGAAUAAUAUCCAAGAUACAUUUUACAAAGUAUAAUGAAUUUUAAGUGAACAGAAGAUAAUAUGAUAAAACAGAAUGCUGAAGAAAAUGCUGGAUGCAUUUAAAAGUCUCUUUAUGACAAAAAUGUGUUUUAUUUUGGUGUUGCUUUUAUUAAUGGGAAGCUGGUAUUUUUAAGUAUUUUUAUACAAAUAUGUGUAUGUGCAAAGGCAAUACUUUAACAUUUUUCAAGAACUUGUAUUUUUAAAUCCUAUAGACCAUAGACUGUCUCCAUUUGGACUGAAGUUAGUAGCUUUAAAAAAUGCAAUGUAAGCUUUAAUUUUUAUAUUGUAAUAAUAACUUGCUGAUGACUUGUUUACAUAUUUGUAGGAGGGAAGGCUUUGUUAUGGAUUGACUUAUCUUGAUGCUCUCUUUAAUAAAUGCUGCUUUGAGCAGGAUGCAAUGGAUAUUUUAUUACCUGAAUUACAGUUAACAAAACAGUCA